GCGCGUUUGAGUUGCCUAGCAACCGAGUGGCGCCCGCGCGCGGGAGCCUGAAGACAAGCCCCGCCUUCUUGUCCCUCCUGCUUCCCUGCCGGCUGUUGCUAGGCGGCAAAAGGCUGCAGCUCCGUGUAGGCGGCAAGUGCGGCGAAGAGAAGGCGGCUCCUUGGCGUCCUGCCGCGCUGGGAACCAGCUUUGCCUUCACCAUUGGAUGCCCGGCUGUGAUGGGAAUCCUGUGAGCUGAGAACUGUAUGUUCCAAGCCAUUCCCAUCUCCAACCCCUAAGGAGAAAUACUGAAUUGACUCUGAAGGCUCUGCAUCACUAAGAUUACUUCUUUGUAGGGACAAUGAAAAAGUCCUCAAAUACAACAGAUACUCGUGCUCCAAAAUCAGAUAGUCAGCUCCCAGAAAAAAUCCACAAGACACAACCGGCACGUGCUGCAAAGAAAAAGGCAAGAAAAGAAGACAUUGCAGCAACAAAAAUACAGAAAGCCUGGCUCGUUUAUGUGGACAAAACAUUGUUUAAACUCCUAAAACACACAAUUUGUGCAGCGGAAUAUUGUGUGGCACAUGAACUACUGAAGAAAGUAAGCCCCAAAGAGGCUGCACUUGUUAAAGAUCCUAGCAUGAAGUGUAAAGUCAGAUUUCGAUUUGGUGGUGAAAAGUUUCCACCUUUUAUCAUGUUCAAAAUUUUUUUUAAAAAUGAUGGCCACGGUAACAAGUAUUUCAGCGGGAAAGAUUUACUAAAGCCGUCAAGUAAGGCAGUGGCUGAUGCUUACAAGAUAAUGGGAGAAAGGCUAUUUUAUCAACAAAUUAUGGAAGAUGAGCAUUUUUUCCAGAAAUUCAAAGUAACUGAUCGUAUGGAUGUUGUCACAGUGCAAGAUUAUAUGCACUACUGCAGUCUUAUGGAUAAGACCCCUGCAUCAUUUGGUGGCAGGAAUAACCACUGGCGAAGAUUAACCCUCAGAAGCAUUCCCAAAACAAUGAUGAUGUAUGACAUAGUUGAUUAUGCCGAGUCUGGAGUAAUCUCAGACCGUUUACAAAAAGAAAUGAAGUAUUUGUCGCAGAAGCCACAAACAGAAGCGAUGCGUCAGCACCAGCUAGAGACUGUUUCUAAAGUUAGGUAUCCAUCCAUUCCAAUUGUCCGCCCUUUUUACCAGCCUUGGGAUCAGCAAGGUAAAACGAAACAUUUGGGGCGUCGAUCCAAGCAAGCACAAAAGAAGGUUCAAAUGAUGAAACAAGCCUAUAUGGCAGCUAAAGAAGAAAAGGCUUCCUCCAAGGAAGCACAAGCAAAGAAGAAGGUCAUAUUCUACUGUCCAUCUUUUGAAAUUCUGGCAAUUGAAGAAACCCCAUCAAACACCAAACUGGAAAAAGAAGAAAGGGAAUUAUUUGCCUGGUAUCAAGACCUAUAUGUUAAACAUUCCUCAUUGUUUUGAAACACUAAUUGACAGAAAGCAACAGUUGUUUAACAAUAUUGCUGUCUAUAAAUAAAGAGCAGCCAAGUAG